CAACACCCAACCUGGCUUCAUGCCAUUCGUGAGAAGAGGGUAGUGGGUCUCUGUCUCUCCGCGUUCUAGACAGUAUCAAACGAAGUGCAAUUGCCCCAUCCAACAAUGUCUGCCUCAAGAUAUAAGCUGUCUGGUUCCGCGAGGGGGUGGCCACAUACACCAUACACAGACGGACAACAGAUCACACAUAACCACCGUACGCUUGUACACACCGAAGACCAGAUUGGACUGUACGGUAUACGUAUACGCAAGCCCUCAAGUGACCUAUCACGAAUUUACUUGAGCUCGCCUUCUUACCCCAGGAUACUUCAAAUCCCGCUUGAAGGUUUAGCCAUCCACCAUAUACAACAUCUCACUUUCCACCUACAACACCCAACCAACUCCUCUAACCCUCACAACUCACACAACCACAAUCUAUUCAGCACCAAAAGAAACAAUACAAUGCCUCCUCCCAUGCGCAUCCCCCUCGGCCGCCUGGCCCAGCCGACGACGACCCUCCGCGCCUUCUCCUCCGCGACGCCCGGCGCCCUCCGCCGACCCGCCUCGCUGCACUUCCACGGCCACCACGUCACGCACCACCACGCACCGCUCCCGCUGCCGCACGCGGCGUCGCAGCGCAUCCUCUCCAAGGCCUCGCAGACGGCGCGGACGCACUGGGCGACGCUGCCCGAGGCCAUCCGCGACGUGACCAGUUACCUCGCCCUGGGGGCGCUGACCUCCGAGGCCGCCUUCCUGGUGUAUUGCUGGGACCAAAAUGCAGACUUGACGGAUUUCCUGGCUGUAUAACACGUUUUCACGAUUCACGACGGCAAUUUUUCGGGGAUGAAAAGCGGCGUUUAGGGGGAAAAAGGGGAUCGGAUCAGGUUUCAUGGAUUGAUGGGUUAUGGGUUAUCAUUUUCUGCUGUCUCAGAGCAAGGCCAUUUAGGGUGACUGGCCGCACGGACGCGCGAACAUGAACUCGGUUUGCGAGAGUCAGGGGGGCACCAGUCCAUCCUGAAUGCGCCAAAGAGCAGACCCUUGUAGGGGGACCGGCCCUUCGAGUCGGGUCGAGAUACAUCUCGCUCGCUGCCUGGUUGCCUGGCUGCCUGGCCUCGUUGGGUGCAGCAGCACGUGUACAUACAAGAUAUACUCGGACGUACGAGUGCACAAAGUAGCGACUAGUUCAAGAGACAAGGACGCUAUUAUCGACAGCAAAGGAAUCCCACAAUAGGAAUCCCGAGGACGAAUCUCCUCGCGAAAAGGAACAAGGGCACGAGGUCACUCGGAAUGAGGAAAUCCGGACGGGGAGGCAGUCCGCUUUGCGGGAUUUGCGGGCUUUCCAUCUUUCCACCCACUUGCACAAGUAAUGCUGUCACCGGGAUUCUGGUCCAGAUGGUUCUCGCGUGCGGAGCAGUGUACUUGUAGAUCGCCGAAGACGUCGGUUAGGUUCUCGUUCUCUAUCGUUCAAGGCCGCUCCGACGGUUAGCUCCCCAGACUUCACGGGGUUCAUUACCUUCCAAGUACGACCUGCCUGACGGGGGGUGGUCCUGGGUGACUGGUCCCCGAACCAGUUGUCUGCCUCACGAGCGGAAAUGUGAAUAACAAAGACGCAAAUGCCUAGGUGUAGACGAAUAGCUUGCGGCGGCCCACAAACCUCAGGGUUGUUCGGUUGUGU